UGCAUGCAAAGACAACAGUAUCAAAAAAUGCAAAGACGUCGAAGUAGAAGACUUGGGUGAUAUUGUGGAAGCCCAGUGCAAGUGGUGAAGACCUAAGUCUUGCACUUAUCCUGCAGCCCUUGCUGCAAUCACACCUGUCCGAGUCAACUCAGUCAGUGGAGGUUGGAUAAUGAAUGAUAAAAUCGUAAUGACUAUGUAAACAACCAGCUCCGUACUUAUUUCGUCAUCAUUCAUUGAGCUGGCAUGGUACAUAUUGUUUGUCCCUUGGUCAGGAUUUUCAACAGUUUGUAGUUGCUUGAAAGCCAGCUGCAUAGUGAUUUGGGCACUGACUUUCUGCAUACCUAUUGGCUAGUCUCCAUUCGAUGAGAAGUUGAACUUGGCGGGGUCUGUUUUCGAUUUGGGCGCUGUCUGUUCACGUCGGAGCAGCACAAUGAGUAACGCUGGUACUGAUAUGCUCUCUGUUGAUGAUAUUGACAGUGGCAGCAGCGAUGAAAACUUGCUCGCGGUGCGCCCGGACUCGCCAAAGAAGACCCAUCGCAAUCGUAUAGUCUACACGCGUGGACGUCCUCCGUGGUACGACAGCCAUGGUCAUGCAGGCAACGCGUUCAUCAUUGGCCUGUGUGGCGGCUCUGCCUCGGGAAAAACAACGGUUGCCAACCGAAUCAUUGAGGCUCUCCAGGUACCCUGGGUCACCCUUCUCUCCAUGGACUGCUUCUACAAGGUUCUAAAUGAGGAAGAACUGGUGCAAGCGGCCAACAAUUCUUACAAUUUUGAUCAUCCUGAUUCAUUUGAUAUCGAUCUACUGGUCGAGACGUUGAAGAAACUGAAGGAGGGCAAGAAUGUACAGGUCCCUAUCUAUAACUUCACCACACACGGCAGGGAGAAAAUCAGUAAAACCAUGUAUGGUGCCAAUGUUAUCAUCUUUGAAGGCAUCAUGGCAUUUGCCAGAGCAGAUCUUGUUGAGCUGAUGGACUUGAAAGUGUUCGUUGACACCGACUCCGACAUUCGGUUGGCGCGGAGGCUGCGCAGAGACAUCAAGGAGCGAGGCCGAGAGCUUCAGGGUGUCCUGAAACAGUACAAUAGCUUUGUGAAGCCCGCGUUUGAGCAGCACAUCGCACCCAGCAUGGCCUAUGCAGACAUUGUCGUGCCACGAGGUGCUGAGAAUCUUGUUGCUCUCGAUCUGAUCGUGCGACAUGUUCGUAAACAGCUAAAUGUUCGUGGCUUCAAACUUCGGUCGAAGUUGCGUUCGACGCAGUGUGGCGAGAAGCUGCCUGACUCCGUGUGCGUCUUGGAGAGCACUAAUCAAGUGCGUGGACUACAUACCAUUAUCAGGAAUCAAGCCACGAGGCGUGACGAAUUCAUCUUCUACUCGAAGAGGUUGAUGCGCUUGCUGCUGGAGAAGGUGCUGACGUUCCUCCCGUUCACGGAUAAAGAUAUGCAGCUUGGCGAAGGUGCAAGCUAUCCGGGAAAGGAGUUCAACGGCAAGGUGUGCGGUGUAUCUAUCCUGCGUGCCGGGGAGACAAUGGAGCCUGCAUUGCAAUCCGUGUGUCGGAACGUUGAACUGGGCAAGAUACUCAUCCAGACCAGUGAGGAGUCAGGGGAACCAGAGCUUCACUACUACCGGCUACCUGACGACGUGGCCGAUUCGUUUGUUGUGCUGAUGGAUGCGACGUUAGCAACUGGAGCAGCUGCUCUCAUGGCAAUCCGGGUUCUUCUGGAUCAUGGCGUGCAGCAGGAGAAUCUGGUGUUUGCCUCGCUCAUUGCAGCUGAGCAAGGUGUGCAUAACGUAGCGUACGCUUUCCCCAAAGUCCAAGUUGUUACAACGGCCGUCGACAAGAUCGUCAACGAAAAGUUCCACAUCAUCCCUGGCAUUGGCAACUUUGGUGAUCGUUUCUUUGGUACCGACUCGAGGUGAGCUUCCUGGCUAGAUGCUAGUGCUGGGCCUCCACGAAUGCAGACCGCCGAUAGAGUGGGCCACCCCGGCUGUCUACACUAACAUAGUGCUGUGAAUGCCCAUGGCAUCGAUUGGCUGUCGUCGUCACAAGCAGAGUUCUCUCGAACUCUUACCCCUUUUUUUAAUGAAUUCAUGCUAAGCCAUCCAUCUCUUUCAUGGUUGUUGGACACCAUGGCAUGGUUUUUUCUCGGACUAUUCUGACAUCCACGUAGAGAGGGUAUUUCAUUACAUCAUUUCAUCCUUAUUUCGGGUGUAUUGAGUGUAUCGAGUGACAUCACCAUCGCUGGUGUGACACUCAAUACAGAGCAUGUGAUGAUGUCGUUCAAAUCACCGUUGUUUCACAUGAAUGGUGCAGGUAGCAGUCGGUAUGCUUCAAUGAGUCUUCAGCACCACUGCCGCUACUAGUAGUAGAGAAGUCGAGUUUGACGGUCCCAAUGUUGUUGUUUGUAUUGCCCCUUUGUUGUUUUCGGUGAGUGUACUGUGCACGUGCUAGUGGUUGCUUGCUGGGCAGGCACUGCAAAGCUGCUUCAUGGCAAGGUAUAUGUUUAGUGUUGACCGCUUGAUGACCUCCCACACCCCUCCCCAUUUCAGCAAAAUGCUGUGAGCUCUUUGACCUUUGAUCUUUUUUCUUUCUUUUUUUCCCCUGCAAUUGUGCAACCUGUACUCUUUGUUUGUACCGCAAUGGCAUGCGCUUUGCCAACUUGGUCAGGAUUGCGGAGUUAAUUUUUUUUUCCUGUGAGGUUAACACACUAUAGUCUAUAGUACUUGUACAGUAUACUGCUGUGUAGCUGUUGUCAUUUCAGCCAUGUUGAUUUGUCGUGAUAUUUCCCAUUGUGGUCUUCCA